AUGGAUCAAGAGCUCGCGGGUGGAUGGAGCCGAACGUUGCUGGCUGAUGGCCAGUGGUACUACUGCAAUGAGAGGGGGCUCACGAUGACCUUCAAGCGGCCGAUCUACUUUCAUCAAGUUGAUCCCAUCCUUCCUGACGGGCACGAUGCACUGGCUGAGGACGGGUGGCAGCUGUGGUCGCUGUACCUGUCAGACCCACAGACGUUCGUGUGGUACAACCGCCGCUUGCAAAGAGUCGCGCUGUUCGAUGUCUUCAGAGAAGAGUUUGAGACACGGGCAGCUGCGGUCCGCUCAGAGCGCCGUCGGCAAAGAGAGCUCCAAGAUGCUGCCGAGAGGGCACAGGCUGUCGAGGCUGCCGAGAAGGCCAAGGCACGGGCCAAAAAGAAGCAACGGCGGUGA